UCCAUUCACAACUUCUAUCACUUCUCUCCUCCUUUCACAACUUCCAUCACUUGACUGAGCUGUCCAUCCAGACUCUAAAAGAAAUUGAAGAAGCAGUAUCCAUGACCAACACGAUGACAUCAACGGUCCUCAUCAGCUUCCUGGCCUGUCUGCUCCUGGUCGAUGUUGAAGGCCAGGUGGGUCAUUCUAAAGCUCGGUGCCUGUGUCUGAAUGGACUGGUGAACCACGUUAAACCUCUUCACAUUGAGAAGCUCGAGGUGUACACCUCCAGCCACUCCUGCAGGAACAUGGAGAUCAUUGUCACUCUGAAGAACGGAAAAGGGAAGAAGUGUCUGAAUCCAGAAGCUCCAUUUGCCAAGAAAACCAUUGAGAAAAUAAUGAAAAACCGAAGGAGUGUGCGGUAAAAUUUGAACUGACAAGAGAACGGAGAGAACAAUCUGAAAGAGCUUUUCCUGAGGAAAAACCAAGUGUCUUCACUGAAGACUGCAUAUAUGUUUACACUGUUGAAGCAUACAAUUGUAUAUCUUCUUAAAUGAUCAGAGUUGUUAGUUUUUCAUUUAUGCAUUUGAAAAUAUAAAAAGCAUGUAAGUAUGCAUGCACGUACAUAUAUAUUUUCAUUUUGACAUGUCAAAAAUGUAAACAACUUAUAUUUUUUUGGGGUUAUCAAAAUUGUCCAUGGGAAAUGAAAACGGACAUUUGUGUAAAUACUGUAUAUAUAUUUUUGGAUUGUUUACGAUUUCUAUCAAAUGAAUAAAGUUGCAUCUGACUUGA